ACUUCCGGGUGGUUUGCUUAAAUGUGCAUUGAUUUGAUGCAUAUUCUAUCACUUUAUUAGUGUGGGAUUGGAAAGUAAAAUGAGCAUAGCCUAUUUGUAUCGCACGAACUACGGUUAAUUUGGCCCACAUUUGCUUUGUUCUUUGCUUGAAAGUUGAAUUAACCUGCACGAAUCGAGCCUAUACUAUACGUACAUCGAAGAAGAAAGAAUCAACCGUUGUCUAAUUCUACCUCCAUGCACGUACACAGGAACGAGGUCAAAACUAUACCAUUGCAAAAGACGUUGCGUACAUCCGACAAAUCAUGGGCAGCUGGAAUUCAAAAGGUAUGUCCUUGAAAACUGCGUCCGUUUUAAAGGCACGUAAUGAUAUUGUGGCAGGGCCAAAUUUAACUUGUAUUUUUCCAAUGUAUUUUGUAGUGUUUUAGGAUAGGAGUAGAUCCCCUGAGAAGAUCCAGUGUUUUUAUUAGAUGUCCCCUACCCUUUCAAAGUAGUGUUUCCCCCUGAUUAGCUUUCCCCAGUAACAGUCCACAUUGUAUGUAUAUUGUUCCCAUGCCAUUGGUUCCCCCUGUCUCAAGACCAUGUGCCCUGCCACCCUGUAAGACCACAGACCCCUCAUGAUCAGUAGCAGACCAGCGGCAGUAGAGAGAGGACCGUGCAUUAUAUUUCCUCUCUUUCCCCCUUGAUUUUCUUGGGUGCGAUUUGCCCUGUGUGAGAGUUUAUCUGCUCGAGUUAUUGGUGAGUUCUGAUAUAUGUUUUUCUUUGUAUUUUCUCAUUAAGUGUAUUAUUAAGUUUUUUAGAAGUUUUGAUCUGUUUUGGUAUUGUUCAGAGUUUUGACAAUCAAGUUUUAUUGAAUUCCUGAACAGCCUUGUAAGUUGUAGGAAUUAUCACUUGAAGUUUUAAGAUUGGGUUUAUUUAGAAAUUACUUGAAGAAAGUUAGCUUGUAUUAUUUGAUUUGAUUGAUCAGGAUCGUUAGACAUGUUAGAGUUCUGUUAUUUUUGAGGAAAACUGUGUUGUCAGAAGUUUGAUUUAUAUUUCAUUGACUUAAUUUCCGAGGAAUGACUUGGAUAGAUGCAUUGCAUUGCCUUUUGAUUAUUAGGUUAAUUGUUGAUUUGAUACUUUCUCUUUUGACAUCAGAUUUCAGUUUUGGAUGGUGUUUUUCUUCAUUACCUUUAUUGUUUUAUUGUGCCAAGAGGAGUGGUUUUCCCACAGACUUCUUACUGAUUAGUUUGCCAUGUUUAUUCAUUAGUUAGACUUGUCCAAGCUGUUCGUUUACUGUAGACCUGCAUUUCCUUUAUUUUGUAUUUAGCCACCUGUUCCAUUUAGUUAUUCUUAUCUGCUUUGGACCUGUGGAAGUUUACUGUUCAGGAAUGUUGAAUUACCUCCUUGGUGAUUAGUCCCACCUGGCAUUCAGAAGACAGGGACUACUGUUUAUCUUGCUCAUUAUGUAUUCACGAGAAAUUUUGGUGUUCUUGGCAAGACUGAAAGUGCAUUGGUUUUACCUACUUUUAUUCAGAAAUUUCAACACAUUUAGAUGGUGUGUAGGCCUUCUCUUCUACAGGAUUAUGAGCAAUUGUGUUGCUUCAAAACAAUUGUACAAAAGGAAAUGAUCCUAUGUACCUAUAACGAUCGGAGUUAUAACCGGUAUAUUUAUAGUUUUUCGCUCAUGUAAUCACCAAAGACGAUAAUUCACAUACACAGGGGAAAGUGAACAGGGAACAGGUGAGUCGUGUAGAAAGCGUGCCUAUCCUGACGACUUGAGAAAAGACUACGCUCAGGAAGCCGAGCACAGUGUACAACUUGCAAGCUCAGCCGGGGUGCCUUGCAACAAGAAAACAAAGCACGAUGCCCCUGCCGGACAAGACCAAAGGAGUUCCAGUUCAUCUGGUUCCCCAAAACAGUCAGGGAACGAGUGCAGAGAAGCCAUCACAAACCAACAUCAGGCCGAACCAAGGAGUAGGGCGCGAAAGAGGAGUUCGAAACGAUCCAGAUUGAGGAGUCCAGAGAGAGAUACGUCGACCGAGAUACAAGAGCCAGGAGAUACUGAAACAAUCAUUCACUACAAGUGCAACAACUUCUACUUAACCCAAAGCCCUUUGACUUUCGGUGACAGUACAGGAAACGCAUUUAACUACGACAUGUCAGCUAAACUUUACGGAACAAAAGAAGGGACAAGAGACGAUGAUCAAACACGAAAUUUGCUGGAAACAAUUCGAGGCCUGGUGGAAGCCAAGGAGCCGGGAAUGACGUCACUGGAAGACAUCUGCAGAGAGUGUGAUGCGGCGACUGUUGGCGUCGAGAAGGGUUGCGUCAAAGUCACCUUUCGUUUCAAAAGUAAAGAUGGCCUCCAGAGAUUCUGGGCCAAGUACUCAAGCGGGGAGCUCCAGCAACGUCUGAAGGCGGACUUGCCCAUCGAAAAGGUGGAGAUGUCGGCAGAUGAUUACACCAGAGGCUGUGAAUUCUUUGAAGGGUCAGGAAGAAGGAAACAACAAGCUCAAAUGCAUAGCCAACCUGACUCGAGACUCAGUUUGGAUUUAGUGCAGAAUGCAAUAGCCAAAUACGUUCGACAUCGGGAGAAAACAUUAAAAGUUCUCCUUGCCUGGGCACAAGACUAUGCAAAUCCAUGGGCAAAACUGACAAAGGUGAUAAGAGCACUCGUUCCUGUUUUGUGGGUUAUUUUUUUCCUGAUUGAGGUGUUGUCAUGGCUGUACCAAAGCGAUGAAUCUUACCACGAGGAAACGUCCGUCGUAGCUGUCUCCGUGAUUUUCGGCGUUGUAUCCCAGAUAGUGACGUUGUGCAUGUUCGAUUUGCGUUUGUCACACUUUUAUUUACGUUCUACUGUGCUUUGUGUUGUCACAAUGGCGUCGGGAGGCUUCUGGGCAUUGUCUUUGUCAGUUAUGGUAAGAUCACAAUGA